CUUUUUCCAACUGCGCUAAAGUGGAGAAGCAGAAGAUUGCGUUGUGGUCAGCAGUCCACGCGCUCAGACAGUGUUGUUGGAGGAACACAAACCAGAGCUGAACUAUUGAAGGUGGUGUUGGCUUCUGAUCCAUACUGGAGUGACUGCGCGCUCAAUCUGAUGCAGCACAGCUUUCAGAUGAUCCUCUCCUGCUGGAAUCCGACCACAGCAGCACAACAAAUUCAGACGCUGAGAUUUUCAGAUUCAGGGACUGAUUUUCAGCAGAAACUUGGAUAAAGCUUUGCUAAUGGAAAUGAAUGAUGUCCUGUUUUAACUGCACUUUUCAACCCAGCUUAAACGUGCUUCUGUAAACACAUCAGGAUAUUCCACCAAGAGCAACGUUAAGCUGAAGAAAUAGAUUAAAUUUAUAAGUAUGAUGUCAAGAAGACGUUCCAGUACUCAGCAAACGUCACCUGGUAACCUCCACAUGAACACAUUUCACCAACGCAUUCACACAGAAGAGAAGCCGUAUCACUGCUCAGAGUGUGGGAAGAGUUUUAAUAAUCGGCGUUACCUGAAAAGACACCAGCGCACUCACACAGCAGACAAGCCGUAUCACUGCUCAGAGUGUGGGAAGAGUUUUAAACAUCAGCAUUAUCUUAAAGUACACCAUCGCAAUCACACAGGAGAGAAGCCAUAUCACUGCUCAGAGUGUGGGAAGAGUUUUAAUGAUCGGCGUUACCUGAAAAGACACCAGAACAUUCACACAGACGAGAAACCAUAUCACUGCUCAGAGUGUGGGAAGAGUUUUAAACAUCAGCGUUAUCUUAAAGUACACCAUCGCAUUCACACAGGAGAGAAGCCAUAUCACUGCUCAGAGUGUGAGAAGAGUUUUGGUGAUCCGAGUCAUCUCAAAAGACACCAGAACAUUCACACAGACGAGAAACCAUAUCACUGCUCAGAGUGUGGGAAGAGUUUCAAUCAUCAGCGUUAUCUUAAAAUACACAAGCGCAUUCACACAGGAGAGAAGCCGCAUCACUGCUUACAGUGUGGUAUGUGUUUUAAUUAUCGAAGUUCUUUCCUACGACACCAGCUUGUUCACACAGGAGAGAAGCCGUAUCACUGCUCACAAUGUGGAAAGAGUUUUAAUCGUAAGAGUCAUCUCCAAGAACACCAGCACAUCCAUACAGGCGAGAGGCCGUAUCACUGCUCGGAGUGUGGAAAGAGUUAUAAUGACAGGAGUACUCUCCAAAAACACCAGCACAUUCACACAGGAGUUAAACCAUAUUACUGCUGGGCGUGCGAGAAGAGUUUUACUCAGCAAGGUAAUCUCCAGCGACACCAGCUAAUUCACACAGGAGAGAAGCCGUAUUUCUGCUUGGAGUGUGGGAGGAGUUUCAGGCAUUCAAAGACUAUGACGAGACACAAGUGCAUUAAGAGCAGUGGUAGAAAUGGGCAGUAAUGAGUGUAACUUUAACACAUCCCAGGAGUGAUGUGUGCAGGGAAUGGUUUCCAGCCUAGAUUAAAAAAAUCCGGAAAACUGUUUUUAGAGGGGAAAUCCAUCUUCUGUUGUUUAACACUGUUUUUAAUAGCUAAGCUUAAAAUGAAAUUGAGAAGCUCCGCAUUCAGUAAUAAGAUGUUUACUUUGUAAUUUAGUGUAGUGUUCCAAUGAUGGAUGUUUUGACAAACAUUUGACAGGCUUCUUCAUACCUACACGUUAACUAGUUAAUUCUUGUUGCAAUUAAAUUGCCACUUGUCUUCCCUUUUAAUGUUUAGGACAUGUUUUUGUAUGCUAUAUGUUCAGUGUUAUCAUUGAGGACAGUAGUCAAAAAUUAUCCUGAAAACUGCAACAGUGAAGUUUCUGCUGUGGUGGGCACAACUGAACAGCUUUGUAAAGGAGACACUGGAAGGCAUUAAGCUAUCUGAGUGACGUACCAGUGCCCUCUCCUCAGUACGGCCUACGCGUGCCUGUCCUAUACGGCAUAAAGUCGCAUACAGGCCAGACUAUAAUUCACCUAUGAACUUUUUGUUACUCUUUUUAGAGAUUUUAAUGAUUGUUGAUGUUCUUUGCUUGAAGAGUGAUUGUUUCUUGAGAAAGAUGCUGUGACAUAUGUUGAGGACUUUAUGCCUGUCUCCCAUCAAUCCUACCAGACAUGGCGGUGGCCAAUGGCACAGGAGUUUGAACUGUGUAUCUCCAUCAUUGUACUCCUGGUUGAAGGGUGAUUAUUUGAGGAUGUCAAGAGCCUGACUGAAAGUGAUUCUUGCUGACAUCAUUAGACUGUGUAUGAGGGACACUAUCUUUGUUGACUGAAUCUGUUCAGUUUUGUUCCUGAACCAAUCCAUGUCUGUAUACUACUAGUUUUGAUUUGUAAUUAUGAAUCAAUAUGUAUGUGCAAUUCUGUUUUAAAGAUUGUCUAAUUUACAUGUAAUCUGUAUAACUCUAUAACAAUUUUGACCCAAUCUGUGUUAGGGAAGACACAUGCAGGUACUUACCACCCGCUCCCCAUCCGUCUAUGUAUCUAACUAUCUACAUAUUUGUAAUGUGGUGAGCUGUGCACCCCAUUAACAGCCUCAAACAAACUUCUAGUACAGCCAUCAGGAGUUAUGGACAUGAUUAUAAAAUGUUUCUUACCUGUAUUCCUUUGAUGAGCAUCCUUUAGGGGAUGCCGGCGAGAGCAGGGGCUCUUCUUAUCCCAGUCAGACGGAUCAACCAAUGCAGGGUGGAGGGGUCCACUCUCGUGCGGGUCCGGGAAAGAAAAGGAAAACAUGGUAGAGUGUAGUUCGAGCAUGUGUAUUUACUUGUGUAUAUAGUGUAUAUAGCGUUUUCUUUCCAUUUUGUUCAGUGUUUUGUUUGUUCGUGUCCCGCUAUUUAAUAAAGUCACUUCUUGCACUUA